UCUCAGCUACAAAAACCCUAAUAAUAGCUGCCUGCCAAGAAGAGCUUGGAGCAUUUCUCCCCCCAUCUCGGCCGCGGCAGCUGAGCAAUCAUGAAGUUCAACAUCGCGAAUCCCACCACUGGGUGCCAGAAGAAGCUCGAGAUCGACGAUGAUACCAAGCUCCGAGCAUUCUGGGACAAGAGGAUCAGUCAAGAAGUCAAUGGUGAUGCACUUGGCGAGGAGUUCAGGGGUUAUGUGUUCAAAAUCAUGGGAGGCUGUGACAAGCAAGGCUUUCCUAUGAAGCAAGGAGUGUUAACCCCAGGGCGUGUUCGCCUUUUGCUCCACAGGGGGACCCCAUGCUUCCGAGGACAUGGAAGGAGGAAUGGUGAGCGAAGAAGGAAGUCUGUUCGUGGAUGCAUUGUUAGUCCAGACCUCUCUGUGUUGAACUUGGUUAUUGUUAAGAAAGGUGACAAUGACCUUCCUGGACUGACUGAUGUUGAAAAGCCAAGAAUGAGAGGUCCAAAGAGGGCUUCCAAGAUCCGCAAGCUAUUUAACCUCACCAAGGAGGAUGAUGUUCGGAAGUAUGUCAACACUUACCGCAGAAAAUUCACAUCCAAAACUGGCAAGAAUUGCAGCAAAGCUCCCAAAAUUCAGAGGCUGGUUACUCCUUUGACUUUACAGAGGAAGCGAGCAAGGAUUGCAGAGAAGAAGAAGAGAGUUGUAAAGGCCAAGUCAGAGGCUGCAGAGUAUCAGAAGUUACUUGCUUCCAGGUUGAAGGAGCAGCGUGAGCGCCGCAGUGAGAGCUUAGCCAAGAAGAGAUCAAGACUCUCCUCUGCCACCAAGCCAUCUGCUGCUUAGUUUUCUGGUGGAGAAUGUUGAUGUUUUGGCUCUGAUGAGCAACAUCAUAGUUAGGCUGAGGUAUUUCUGAUUGUUUAUUUAAGCUUUCAGAGUUUAUUUUGGGAAUGCCGAACAUGUUCUGGGCUGACAUUUCAGAUUUUGUUUAUGUUUAUGAGUUUUGUGGAUCUGGAUAAGAUAUAAAUGUUUGAAUUAUUGAGUUGGCUAUUAAGGUGCAUUGUGUUUUUGGCUA